AUGUCAGAUUCUCACGAGCUGCCGUUUAACGGCCUCAGCUUCUUUCACAGCCAGUCUCCGUUCCUCUCAAGUGAGCAGCAACAGCAGCAGCAAGAGCAGCAGCAGCAGCAGCAGCAGCACUUCGACAGUCAGCAUGACAUGCUCCUGAGUGAAAGCCCGUCUUUUUCAUACUUGAGAACCCUCUCACAGAGGGCGUGGGACCAGCUGCAGCAGCCGAAGCCGCUGCAGACAGAGGAACAGCAGGAGAACACGCAGCAGCAGCAACUGUCACAGCUGCUGCUGCAAGUGCCUAGGCAGCCCUUGCAGGGUCUCAGCAUGCCUCUGAUCGAGUCAGUGAGCUGCCGCCCCCCUGCUGAGCAAAACUGCCCUCGACCAGAGCCAGUGCAGCCGGAGCAGCAGCAGGAGGAGCAGCAGCUUUUUCAAGAGCAGCAGGCGGCUCAGCACCAGCAGCAAAUGCUACAGGAGCAGGAGCUACUGCAGAAUAUGCAGCAACAAAGCAUGAGAGAGCAAUGCAUGCAGCAACAGCAGCUGCAGCAGCAGUGCCUCCAGCGACAGCAGCAAUCGCAGCAGGCUCUGCAGCAACGGCAGCAACUGCUGCAGCAAGCUGAGCUGCUGCAGCACCAUCAUGAAAAUGGAGGCGCCAUGUGCUCCUGCUGCUCUCCAUUCCAGCCUGUCCCGACUUCUGAGAAGUAUCGAUUGCAGCUGCAGCACAGAUUGCAGGUGCAGCGUAGCUUGAAGGAACAGCUGCAGCAGCAGAAGACGGAACCAAGAACGUGGUUUGGCGCCAACAGCAGCAGCAGCAGCACAAUGCACUGCGGAGACAUAUGGAGGCAAGGGCACUUCCACGAAUCUGCUCCGCCAGUCGAGCUGCAAGAGAGCAGAGCGUCUCAUGUGCUGCAGCAGGUGGUUCUGCAGCCGCAGCCGCAGCAGCACCAGCACCAUCACCAGCAGCAACAGCAGCAGCAGCGCCACCAAACGCCUAGGCAUCAACAACAGCAGCAGCACCAUGCUAUGCCUCCAGGAAGCCCGAUAACUCCUCAAGAGAGCAUCCUUGCAUUGUGGCGAGAUUCAAAUGCGGAGUGGAGCAGUCCCGUGCAAGAGCAGCAGCGGGAGCUUCAGCAGCAGGAGCUUCAACAGCAGCAGCAGCAGCCGCAGCAGCAAGCCGCAGGCCCAGCUGCAGACGAAGACUUCGAGUGUGUCUGCGGGGCAGAUGAAACUAAGGAGUGCAUUUGUGUGCAGCUCCGAAUACCCGAGAGGCAGCGCCACCUGCGGGCUCAAGAGGGAAUGAGGGAGCAGCAAAACCGGCUCGAAGAGCAGCACCUCAGGGAACAGCGGGAGCAGCAGCAGCAGCAGCAGCAGCAGGAAAGGCUGCGCCAGCAGCUCGAGGGACUUCAUGCAGAUCUGUGCUCCUUCUUCGGCGCCCCGCUGCUUAAAGGGCUAUGGCCAGCAAAUGCUUCCCUCCCCGAAGCAGGGCCCCAAGCGCAGCAGCCCUGCCAGCGGAGGGAAAUGGACGGAAUGCAGCAGCAGCAGCAGCUGCAGCAGCAGCAGCAGCUGCGGCGGGCUAAUGGAGGGGUAGAUCGAUGCCGCUGGGCGCCUACAGCAGCCGCCUGCAACCUUUUGGACUUGAUCGAGGUCCCCCAGCGCUUUCGGGAAGCUCCUGCGCAACAGCCACUGCAGCCACUGCAACAGCAGCAGCAACAGCAGCAACGGCAACAGCAACAGCACGAGCAGCCAGUGCUGCGCCGAGAACGAGAAGAGAGAGUGGGGCAUGAACAGGGAGAUCAGACACAGGAGCCCUUGUGGACGCACGCUCACCCAGUGCAUCACAACCAGCAGCUGCAGCAGCAGCAGCAGGCGGCGAGGCAACAGUGGGCAACUCCGCAGCAGCUCCUACCCCCCAAAAGGGAGCAGGAGCCCCAAUCUCAGGAGCAGCAACAGCAGCAAUUGCUGCCAGGAGGAUGUGCUGUUCCGCAGCAGCAGCUUAUGCCAGCUAUGGCGGCGUCAGCUCCUCCCGUUUUGCGGAGACAGCAGCAGCAUCAACAUCACCAGCAGCAGCAGCAGCAGCCGCAGCAACAGCAGCAGCCACAAAGGCUCGAGCAGCAGCAACCACCAGUUCGGCAGCGGCGGCGGGAGCUCCCGCCACACUGGCUGCCGCAGCACCCCCAUUGGCUGCCAGCUUACAAACCGCAAGUCCCGUGGCCUCUAGAAUAUAAUUAUGAUGAUGACGGGGAGGAAGGAUACCAAGAAAUGCAGGAACAGCAGCAUCAGCAGCAAUCGCAGCAGCAGCAGCAGCAGCAGCAGCAACAGGACAUGCACUGGCACGAGCUGGUCGAGCAGUUCAUGCUCCAAGAGCUGACCGAAGGUGGGCCCGCUGAUCAGAGGCAGGGCCAACAGCCGUUGCAGCAGCAGCAGCAGCAGAUGCAGCAGCAGAUACAGCAGCAAAUGCAGAUGCAACAGCAGCAACAGAUGCAGCAGCAACAGAUGCAGCAGCAGCAUAUGCAACGGCAGCAGAUGCAACAGCAGCAGCAGCAUAUGCAGCAACAGCAGCUGCAGCUGCAGCAAGAAGCAUUCCGCCAACUGCAAAGGUCUGAGCAAGGCCGAGAAGAUGCACCUUCUCCAGGAAGCCGCUUUCCCGAUUUUAUUGCUGACAGCAAGGCCAGAGCGUGCGGGCCCUUCACCGCGUGUCUUGCUGCACCUCAACAGCCGCACCUGCAGCAGCAGCAGCAGGAGCAGCGGAAGGGCCACCAAAGCGAGGAAGCCUCGCCGCAGCACCCGUCGAGUCAAGCAACAAUUGCAGUUUCUAGGGAUUCUCAGAGCAGCACCGACCAGGGACAGCAGCUGCUGCACGAGCAGAUGCAGCAGGUGCUGCAGCAGCGAGAGGCGCAGCAGAAGCAGCGGCAGCUCCAGCGGAAACUGUGCAUGCGGCUGCAGCGGCAGCAGCAGUACCGGCUGAAGAUCCUGCUAGAUGCAUGCAUACGCCUCAGAGCCACAAGCCAGCAAAGAGGACUCUGCCGCAGCUGCUGCCUCAAAAGAGUGAGUCUUUUGGGGCUGGUGCAGCAGCUGUGUACUUACUACAAGGUGCAGCGGCGCCUGGUGGCUGGCUGCCUCACUGAGGAAGCAGCAGCAGCACCAGCAGCAGCAGCAGCUGGGUCAGGACAUCUGGCAGCAGAACCAGCAGCAGAAGCUGCUACGCUAUCUUACGAUGCCCACAGGCUCAGGCAGGUGGUUGAAGAACAGCGCCAGCAGCUCCAGAUGCAGCGGGAACUGCUGCAAAAGCAGCGAAUCAUGAUAGCCCAGAUGGAGCAGCAGCAGCAGCAGGAGCAACACCGGCAGCAAGCACGCCAUGCGCAGAUGGCCGAAAAUCAGCUAGCGGCAGCAAAGUGCGACAAUUACAACUGCCAGCUGCUGCAGCAUCAGCAUCAUAGCGUGGAGCAGCGCUUGCAUUUGCUGCAGCUGCAGCUUAACAGCAUGCAGCAGCAGCUUCAGCAGCUGCAGAUGCAACCCUGCAGCAGCAGAAUUAAUGCAUCAGUUGUAAACAUGAGCAUUGAACAGCAGCAGCAGCAGCAGGAGCUUCAGCAGGUACGGCAAAACCUUGAUGAGCAGUUACACCUGCUGUUUAGGCAGCAGCAGCAGGAGCAGCAGUUUCAAGAAGAGCAGCAUAUGAAGCACUUGCUGAAUGGACAAAGACUGCAGCAGCAGCAGCAAAAGAUGCACGAGGAGAGGGAUACACUUGGCGCAGGGCAGCAACUGCUGCGACAAUGUCUUGAUAACUAUAUAGGGCAGCAAAGAGAUAAACCGCAGCAACCGGAGCAGCAGGAACAGCAGCAGCUGCGUCAAUCACAAAGGCGAGAACUGCAGGGGUACCAGCAGCAGCAGCAGCGGGAAUGGCAGGACCUGCAGCAGCAGCGAGAAAGGCAGCAACCGCAUGAAGAUAACUCAGCGAUGCGGUGCUUAAUGGAUCUGCUACAUGGUCCGUUGCCGCAGACGAACAUGCGGGCUGAAACGCAGCAGCAGGAGCAGGCGCUGCGGCUGCAGCAGCGACAGCAGCAGCUGCUACAGCAGGAGCAGCAACAACAGCAGCUGCUACAGCAGGAGCAGCAACAACAGCAGCUGCUACAGCAGGAGCAGCAACGCCAGCAGCUGCUACGGCAGGAGCAGCAACAGCAGCAGCUGCUGGAGCAGGAGCGGCAGCAGCAGCUGCUGCUGCAGCAGGACCACCAACAGCAGCAGCUCCUACAGCAGCAGCAGCUGCAGCAGGAGCAGCAGCAGCAGCAGGAGCAACAACAACAGCAGCAGCAGCAACAGCGCCAACUGCAGCAACAACAACAGCAGCAACAACUGCACCAGCAGCAGCAGCAACUGCAGGAGCAGGAGCAGCAACAGCAGCUGCAGCAACAGCAGCAGCAGCAACAGCAGCAACUGCAGGAGCAGGAGCAACUGCAGGAGCAGCAACAGCAACUGCAGGAGCAGCAGCAGCUGCAGCUGCAGCUGCAGCAGCAGCCACAACAUCACCAGCGGCAAUCUCGACGCCACCUCUACCCGACAUGGCUGGAACAGCAAAGGGAAAGACAGCUGCUGAUGCAGCAGCAACAGGCACAGCACCAACUGCCGAGACAGCAGCCACAAGGUUUGCUGCAGCAGCACCCGCAGCAAUGCAAUGGACCUGGGCUGAGAGCGUGCAUGGGGUUGGCACCAGAAGCGCAGCAGCACCGCAGCAAAAACGGUGUGCAUGCAGCAGAAGCUGCUUUAAGAGCUGCUGCUCUUGCAGCUGCUGAUGCCUCAGCAGCUGCUGCGAGAGUAGCCAAAAACUUUGCUGCAGCAGGGGCGGGGCACAACGGCGGAUGUGCUCAGAGCAGCAGCGUGAAUAACCAGAGAAGCAGCAGCAGCAGCAAAAGCGGCGUCAGCGAAAACAGCAGCUGCAACCAUCUGCCACCUGCUGCUGCCGCCACUGCAUGCCCCGAUAUUGAGGAUUUGUCUGGGGUCAUUUCGCCCCCCUCUGACGAAGAAGUUUUGCAAAAACGAGGGAGAAGCAGAAGCCGCAAAACUCUGGGCAAGCAGGAGCAGCAGCAGCAGCAGCUGCUGCAGCAGCAAGCAGAGGAGUCAGACGACGAGGCGUCCAUAUCUAGCGAGCCCAGCAACGACAGCGACUUCCAAAAAGACAGCUGCGUGCUGCAGCAGAGCAGCAGCAGCAGCAUCAGGCCGCAGCGUGCUGCUGCUGAAGCACAGCAGCGGGAAGGCCGAAAGGCAGGGCCAGAAGAAGAUGAAAGUGCACCUUCAAGUUAUGACGCUGAUGGCGACUUUGACUUUUACAAAAUGCCUCUUUCUGAAGACGAAAAUGGAGAGAAAAAGAAAAAAGCAGCAGCAGAGCAGCAGCAGGAAGAGCAGCAGCAACAGCAAGAGCAGCAGCAGCAGCAAGAGCAGCAGCAGCAGCAACAAGAAGAAGAACAGCCUGAGGAACUUCUGCAUCAGCACGAAGAAGGAGACAGCGAUACCUCCAGCCACGAUGCUGAUGGAGAUUUCGACUUCAACCAAAUAAGCCGCCGCGAUUAUACUGAUGAGUCCGAUCAGGAGCAGCAGCAGGAGCAGCAGGAGCAGCAGCAGCAGGAGCAGGAGCCACUGACGCCGAGCCAAGAGCAGCUAGGGGCCACAGAGCAAAUGAUCCAACAGGAGCAGCAAGAGCUGCUGCGGCAAGAAGUGCUGCUGCAGCAAGAAGAGCUGCUGCAUCAAGAAGAGCUGCUGCACCAAGGAGAGCUGCUGCGGCGAGAAGAGCUGCUGCAUCAAGAAGAGCUGCUGCAGCAAGAAGAGCUGCUGCAGCAAGAAGAGCUGCUGCAGCAAGAAGAAGAAAGCGAAGCCUCAACUCAAGAGGAUGAUGAAGACCUGGACUCAAAUACAAGCGGCGAAGAGUCAGACUCUGAUGAAGAUGAAGAUGAUGAGGAAGAGGAGGAAGAAGAAGAGGAGGAGGAGGAGGAGGAAGAGCAGCAGGAGCUGCAGCAGCAGCCGCAGCAGCAGCAGCUGCAGCCGCAGCCGCAGCCGCAGGAUGAGCAGCAGCAGCAGCAGCAAAGGAGUCCAAUGACGGUUGAGCAGCAGCGUCAGUGGCAAGCUGUGAUGGAUUCGCAGCAGCAGCGCCACCGCUACUGCUGCCUACGGCAGCGGCAAGAAGCAAAUCUGCUGCUGCUGCGACAGCACCGGCAAGGAAUACUGCAGCACACAAGUCUGCUGCCGCUGCGCGGAGCGCCCGCAAAUGGCCAAGUGCUGCAGGGCAAAGAGCUGCUGGAGCAGCAGCUGAGGCAGCUGCAGCAAACGGAGCGCUACCGGCGGCGGCUGCAGCAGCGGGAGCGGCUGCAGCAGUUGCAGCGCGAACAAAGAAGCAACACAGCUAGCUCUGAUAGGCCAGACCCCGCAACUCGCCGUAGACCGCCGCUGCAAACCAGGGGCCCCAACGACCAGCAGCAGCCACGCCAUUCAACGCAAGACUAG